UUUGGGAGGUGCCAUGGUCCUAGCUUGUUCACUGUUGUGAUGAUGGCCUCCAUUACCAGCCCCUGUGCUCUGUAUUGUGGGUCUGUGCCCCUCGUGAGGCUCUUCCCACCAUUUGAUGGAGGAGCAAUUGAGCGGUGCUCGUACAUCAAGUACCACUACUCCUCAGCCACCAUCCCCAAGAACCUUACCUACAACAUCACCAAGACGAUCCGCCAGGAUGAAUGGCACGCCUUGCUGAAAUGCUCUGUACGUGAGCACAUUCUCAUGCUGCUGCUGAGUUUCCUGCUUCCAGGAGAAUUCAUUGCUGGCUUUUAUUGUAGACUGUGCCCUGCUGCCAGCAGCUCCUGUGUGAGUGUAAUAUCACUCUUUUUUGAAGAUCUCAAAAGAGAAUCGCUGCACCCUUUAAGGCACAAGGAAGGAGUUCAGCCCUCAGUGAUAAUUGUAGCCAGUGGUCACCAACUUGUAAUGCUUGCUGAAGUGACAAGACCUGACAGGAAUGGAAUUGCCUUGGGAUGUAUUGGCUGACCUUAAAUCUUGUCUCUUUCUCAUCUUGGAGAAGGAAAAGUGUUUUUGCUGAUAAAAUGCAAGAGGUAGAAUUUCACAAGGAGGGAUUUCACUGUGACUUCUCUUGUUACUACAUAAUCAUGGGGACCAAUGAAUGUCCUGAGAGGCUCUAUAUUGGUGGAAGCAGUUAAAUCUCCUUGAAGGUGCCAAGGGUUGAGGCAAUACUGAUUCUGCCUGACAACCUUAAAAGGUGAUUGUGAGCUUCUACUCUGUCAGUUUGAGAACUGUGCCCAUGGUGUUCCCAUGGCUUUCAGGAUGUUUCACUUCCCCCUUGUGUGGCUCUUGCUUUGAGAGGGUCCUUUUAAGCUCUGACAGAGAAAGUGCAAUAUUAUAAUUGAUUUCCUCUCAAGACCCUCCUUUUAGGGUCUUGCUAAAUGCUUAUUUUUUUUUUUAAUGUCUUUGUGGAUAAAUACAUAUUUCUAUUGUGACAUGACAGAGAAAAGGAAUAACUGAAGUUAUGCCUCUCAGCAGAUUGUAAGAGGUUGGUCUUGCAAAAUACUCUGCUAUGCUAAUUUGUCCCUGAAAUCAGAAGAUCAGAAAGUUUAGUUUGCUUCAGGUUUUCUCCUACCACCUGUCUUUUCAGUUGGUGCUAAUUUUAUGUUAACAUAAAAUGUAACAAUGUUCAUCUAUGGGAAAUAAAAGAAGUGCAUCCACCACCCAAGACGUCUUCUGUUAGGGCUCAUAGGGCAGCAGGAAGGGGCUUUGGUUUAUACUUUUUUGUGUAUGUGUAGUUUUGCCACUGUUGUAACAAGGACUUUUCUGCAACCAUCUACUGGGAAUCUCCCUGUUCAAAAAUUAUUUCCUAAAAUUAAUCUUUAUCUCAGCAAUGGCUCAUAUCAUAUAAAGGGUUUCAACACUGGUCAAUCUGACAUUUCCAAGUCAACCUGGCCAUUAUUUUGCUCUGAAUAUUUUUCUGUUUCUUUUAGUGAAUGUUGAGACAAGCAGCAAAAGAAGGGCCCAGGCCUGGCUAUCUUCUUUCUUUUGACAUGGAUUAUUUUAGCAUGAU